AUGAUACAAAAAUGCCACAAAAAAUGUCUGUACAUUUUCAUGCGGAACUUUUCAUCAAUAUUUGAAGUGAUAAGGGCCAGAAAUUGUGGUAAAUUGGGGAAAUCUCACAGGAACGAUGCGUCUAAGCCCAAUGUAACGGCAAUACUUAAACGCUAUGCGGCGGUUGAACCCAUCGUACCAAGCAAUAUCGCAAAUGAAUUCAUUAAGAAGGUUUCCAACCUUCGUUGCCUCAGUAUGGAUACUCUAUGUCAUUUGCCAUAUUACAAAUGCGAAGACAUAUCUGCGAUAAUUAAAUUUUUAUCACAAAUAAAGUACCGGGAUGUGAUUCUGUUACAAGGGUUGUGCGAAGCCCUGUACUGGCAAUGCAGCAUCAAUAAGGCCAGAUUGGGCAGUGUGACUUCUGUGCUUUCUAAUUUGGUAAAUUUGUCAUUUGUACCUCAACUGAGGAUUAGCAAGACUUUUUGCGAUCAAUUAGACAAUCCCAAGAACAAGCAAUCCAUUGGAGAUUAUACUAGAGUAUACAAGUUUUUAGUCCUCACUAAUCUAAUAGAUGUCCAUCACUUUAUACAGCUUUACGCUAGGAUUGAAGAAAAAUGUUUAAAUUCAAUGGGCCUUAUGAAUCAUUCACAAUUGGCACUUAUAUCAACCAUUUUGCAGUACUUACCGGGCGCUAAAUGGGAGUUGAUGGAUCGUAUUUGUGCAAACUUCCAACGGAAAUUGCACGAAAUUCCUAUGGAUUCAUUUACCAUACUCUUAAAAAAUAUAAAUAAAUUGAGACCUGAAUUCAAACUAGUUCCUAGGCAUUGUCCACCUCUUAUAGCACAGGUUGUUAAUAAUUUCACCUUGGAUAUAACACAAAUCAUUACUAUUUUGCAAACUAUGUCCAUAUACUACAUAAGGGAUACGCCUGUUUUGUCUAAAUUGGGGAAAUUACUUUCUAAAAGUGAUAAUUUUACACUUGAGCAGAAAAUAUUAGUACUAAACAUUUUUGCCCAAUUGAAUUAUAAACAUAAGGAAUUUUUAACAAGUAUGCCCCUUGAAACCAUUUGUAACGGUAUAUCUAAGUUAAAAAUGGUGGAAAAGUGCAACACGGUAGGAGAAGUAAAGGAGCUGUUUCAAGAUUUUUACCCAUAUAUAUCAGUACACCCAUAUAAAUUCAUCCAAUUCUCAAUUGCAUACAUUAAUUGUCUGGCAAAAGUUGAUUAUAAUAAACGAGAAUUUGUGCUUAAGGCAUUGGAUAUUGUCAAGCAGUGUAACAUGCGUAGGGAAGAUUUUACACUGCUAAGCAAGAGAAUAUUCCAAUUAACUCUGAUCAAUCAGGGUAAAAUCAGUUUAUCAAGUUAUAGUCAAUCGAUUGGGCAGUAUAAUCAACUAGUUGAACAGAACUCUCUUAUCAAUGAAGGGGGUAAUGCGAUAAAUUGUAUUGGCAAUUUUGUAGGAUUCGAUUGCAAUACAACUGAUGAGAUGAUAGAUCGCUUGGCAGAUUUACUACCGCAAAAAAUGAAAAGUGUGGUGCCAAAAAGGGCUACCAAGAGGGAAUUGAUGAUAGCUAAGUUUAAUUACUCGAAAACGGGAUUGUUACGCGUUGAUUGUAGCGUAAAAGAUUUGCUUCAAGCUAUUGCGAUUAAACGUGAUAACACUAACACCAAUUUGUUGGUUCCCAGAGAAAACCCGCCUAACAUGCCAUUCAACAAUUUGGAGGAAUACAGAACUAAUAAGCUUAAAAAUACUCAAGUGAUAAGGCGUGGCGGGAUUUCUCUGCCUAUGGAUUGCAAAGUGUACCGAACCAAAUCGGUAUUUGAGCUGUAUAGUGCUUUCUGGAACAGGACUUUUGGGCAAUACAUCCAGCAUCCUGCACAUAAGCGUCUACAGAAUAGGAAAUUGUAUCGCACAAUGGCUAAACUACUUUUUAGAAAAAGGAAUAAGAGUAGUAAUAAAUCACUAAAGCAUUUUCAGGCUAGUAGAUUAUAUGGUGUAAGCGUUAUGUUGGAAACUUCAAGUGGUCUGAGGGACAAGGAUGAGAUAAGGAAAUUGUUUUUCAAAAGGAAGAGGUAUUCUGGGUCAAAGCGUAGUUUUGAAAGUAAUUUGACUUAUGUGAAUAAGUGGCGUCUCUUGCGCCGUUGUUUCCUACGGCCAUACUCGCAGCUUCACGCGGCAUUCAAAACUUACAAUAUGUCUAGUGACAGUUACUUGAACUCAAUCGUCAAGGUCUAUAAGAAUCCUGAUUUGUCGGGUUUUACGUUUGACUGUUUUGUUCAUAAUAGCAAAAUCCCCAUUAUUUACGACACUAAACCAAUACUAGAUCCAGUGGGAGAUCAUGUGAGGAUGGGCAAGACAUUCUGGGAGUUCCAAAGGAUCAGGGAUAUGUACUUGGAUAAGUGGAGAGAAAGCGUUACAAAUAUUCUGCAGCUCAAUAAAACAAAUUUUACUAGAAUUAAUGAAUCGAAAAGCAAUAAUAAGAAUGUAAAGCUGUUAGUUGGCGGGCUCGAAUCUCUGGUAAAACUAAAUUGCCUAAGUCUGAAAUAUUUGUACUAUGUAAUUAGGCAGAUUAAGCAGAGUGAUGGUAAUCCCGUUGAACAACUUACACUAACAAAUAGAUUGCACCGGGCAAUUUCCAAUUACAAUUCAGAAGUUCUGCAGACAAAUAGGAAUACUUUGGUGGAUUUAUACAAGAAAUAUAUUCCGCUGGCGCAAAAUGCUGAGUGCAAAAUGCCUAGAGACAUUGUAAAUUUUGUAUAUACCAUGGGCAAUUCGUUGAAUAUUAUUCAAUCAAUCGGGGCUUUAGAGGAAUUGAAAAUUGACUUGAAGCAGCUGGGCGUGAAAAUUAUACGCAUGGGAGAGCGAUUUCCAACAGAUUCACACAAAAAGGAGUUCAGUCUCCAUUUUGAAGGAAAUUUUUUGAAGGUAUUAAAGUUUUUUGAGGCGGAAAAAGUGGAUUUGGUCUUGGAAAACAUGGACAAAUUGGCCAAACAUAGCCCUCCUCCCACAGCUAAGCUAUUACCCUGA